AUGUCUUCUUCGAGAGAGCAGGCUGCGGCCAUGGAGUUAGCCGGGUAUGGUUCAAAAGAAGCGCCAGUCGUUGACGACCGAGAAUUGGGAUCCGAGGGUGCUGAUUUAGCUCGUAUCGAGCGUGUAUACAAAAAGAUUGAUCGUAGAAUCAUCCCACCAUUCUGGUUACUCUACUUCCUCUGCUCGGCAAUCCGCUCCAAUGUUGGUCUGGCACAAACCAUGAAUUCGGCACAAGGUCAUGACCUUUCUGAUGUCCUCAACUUGACUCCCAAGCAAGUCUCUACUGGCCUGGCCCUCUUCUACGUCUGUUAUGUCGUUUUUGACUGUCCUUCCAACCUCAUCAUGUCGAAGCUGAGCCCACAUGUAUGGAUGAGCAGAAUUGUGCUUAGUGUUGGUAUUAUUGGUACCUGCAUGACUGCCAUGGAAGCUGCUUGGAGUCUCUAUCUAUUAAGACUACUAUUGGGUAUCGUCAUUGCUGGUAUGUGGCCUGGCAUGACCUACUACCUCAGUCUCUACUACCCACCCUCGCGCUGCGCAAGGCGUAUUGGACACUACUACACUGCUGCACAAUUAUCCGCUGCUGUCGUUGGUCUUGUCAGUGCUGGUUUCCAGAAGAUGGAUGGUCUUGGUGGUCUUGUUGGCUUUCAGUGGAUGUUCUUGAUCUAUGGGCUAUUGGCGGUUAUCCUCGGCAUUGUGUUGCUAUGGUGGCUUCCAGAUCGUCCCCACCCACCUGGCGAGAAGAUCGAACAGCAUGUCGGCUGGAGGCGUCUCCUACCACGGAGCGCACCAGUGCUGACAGGAGAUGACGCCCGUAUUCACUACGAAGAGCUGACUAGAGUGUACCAUCGCCCUGCUUGGGGAUGGAAGGACUUGGGUCGCGUGCUCAUUGAUUGGCGUCUCUGGCCUCUGGUCAUCAUGUACUUUGGUGUGGUCGGUGUUGGCAUCGGUGUCCAGAGUUAUGGUACUGUCAUCAUUCACGCCAUCAACCCCAGCCUAAGCAGCAUCAACCUGUCGCUACUGUUCGCACCCAUCUGGAUUAUGGAUUUGAUUGCUAUCCUGCUGAUCACCCCUCUGAGUGACCGCUUCCACACCCAUCGCCACGUCAUCUUUAGUCUUUCAUGUCUUGUUAUCCUUGCCGGUCUUCUCACUACCACUUUUGCUGGUGGCAAUGACAGCUGGUCAAGAUAUGGUGGUCUUUUGAUCAUCGGCUUUGGCCUUGGUCCAACCGUUCCGACUAUUAUGGCAAUGAGCACAUCCAUCUUUCAGCCUCGUCAUGGCGAAGUAGGCAUUGCUGCAGCUUCGGCUCUUGUCUCUGGCUUGGGCAAUCUCGGCUCCAUCUUGACCACCUACGCAUUGUACUCUGGCUGGCCAGAGGAUGCCAAGGGCCCUCACAAAUACAGAAAGAGCAACUUGGUCAUGGUUGGAAUGGUGUGCGCAAGUAUUGUGGCAAGCGGUGUUAUGGUCGUGUUGCUCAGGUGGACCAGAACUGAGGGUGCACAAGCCAUCGAGGACGCUGUUGAGAAGGACAUCAUGGUUGAUGGUGCUGCAAAGAGAGAGCUGAGGGAGUUGAAAGCGCAGCAAGGGUUCAGUCUGAACAGACUCAAGGUGCACAAAUAG